GAACAAACCUAUAGUCAAUUUAUUAGUUAUGUGCUGUGGGGAUCGGCGAAUGAACGGUGAAACGCGCGGCAAAAGUAUAACCUUCGAAUUGCUCAACUGACAGGUCACUACGCGCUAGCGAUUCUGUACUGACAUUAUUUAUUAUGACGUCCAGUGACGAACAACUUGUAAAUUUACCAUGGGUCGAGAAAUAUCGUCCGAAGAGUUUGGAUGAGCUUAUCUCCCACGAGACAAUAAUAAAGACAAUAAACAAAUUCAUUGAUGAGAAUCAGUUGCCACACCUUCUUCUUUAUGGACCACCUGGAACAGGAAAGACCAGCACUAUAUUGGCGUGUGCUCGUAAACUUUACUCUCCAGCUCAAUUCAAUUCGAUGGUGCUUGAAUUGAAUGCUUCUGAUGACAGAGGUAUAGGUAUCGUACGAGGUAAAAUCUUGAGUUUUGCCAGUACAGGCACCAUGUAUAAGUCAGCAUUCAAAUUAAUCAUUUUGGAUGAAGCAGAUGCCAUGACACUUGAUGCCCAAAAUGCGCUUAGAAGAAUUAUUGAGAAGUACACAGAUAAUGUACGCUUUUGCAUUAUAUGCAACUAUCUCAGCAAGAUCAUCCCAGCAUUGCAGUCGCGUUGUACGAGAUUUAGAUUCUUGCCUCUUGCAGCGGAGCAAAUAAUGCCGAGGUUAAAUCAUGUCAUUGAAGCAGAAAAUUUAAAAGUUACGGAUGAUGGGAAGGAAGCAUUAAUGACAUUGAGCGGUGGUGACAUGAGGAAAGUAAUAAGUGUACUUCAGAGUACAUGGUUUGCUUACGGUGUGGUAAAUGGAGAGAAUGUGUAUAAUUGUGUUGGCCAUCCGUUACCGAGUGACAUACACAAUAUUGUAAACUGGCUGCUAAAUGAACCUUACGACAUAUGCUACAAGAAAAUUCAAGAACUAAAACUGAACAAAGGACUUGCGUUGCAAGAUAUAUUGACAGAAAUUCAUUUGUGCAUUAUCAAAAUCGAUUUUCCCAACUCGAUACUCAUCAAUUUACUAUGUAAGAUGGCAGACAUAGAGAAAAGACUGGCUUCUGGAUGUCGUGACGCUAUCCAAGUAAAUUCACUUAUAUCUGCAUUUUACAAAGUCCGUGAUAUUGAAACGUGAUAUCUUUUGUGCUGCAUUAGGUACGUGUAAAUAGAAACUAAAUUCUUAAAAACGUUAUUCUGUACAUGCUUAUUAAGAUAGUGAGUAUUAUUUUUUUGAAAUAUACUGAACAAUUCUUUGUCAAGUGCUUAUACGUUGUAUCAAUAUAAAUAAAGCAAAAAACAUGUUAAA